AACAAAAUUAAGUGUUUUGCCUGAUACCUGUAUGCACAACCCGCAGAAUCAUUUCUCAAUAGCUUCAACGUCGCUCGUCACCUGCUUAGUUUAGGAAUAUAUUCCAUGUUAUUAACGAGCCUAUCAUUCACGCGUCGCCAUCUGCCCAACGGAAGAGAAAGUACUCCAUGUCAAACAUGCUACCAUGCUCGGUAAUGAAAGCAUUGCAAAAAACAGAUCGAAAGCAGAUACAACUUGCAGGUGUCGGUUGUUUUGCACAUGUUGUUAAGAUAGCCGACACCGGGUUCGUAAUUAAGAAAACUUUCGAUCAUCCUGUUUAUGGGCAAUCUACAGCCAACAGAAAAACGCAUCUAUGAACGACUUGAUCGUCAUCCCUAUAUUCUGCGAUACUACGGCGAAUAUAGCCAGGGAAAUGGUCUUCCAAACGGACUUGUGUUUCAAUAUCAACGCGCUGGUACCCUUAUGGACAAUCUUGCGCUAUCAAAGUAUCCAGAGAAGCGAACUCAAUGGCCAGUGCAAGCCGCCGAAGCCCUACGGUUUAUACACACCAAAAAUGUGAUUCAUAGCGACUUUGGGUGCCAUAAUUUCUUGAUUCAGAAAGACGGCAGCUUGGCCUUGGCGGAUUUUGGUGGCUCUAGAAUUGAUAACAUUUCAGCUGCGGUAUCAUAUCCGACCCGAUAUGCGAGACCGUGCUCCGAUGACUCUGUCUCUACUGAGAUAGACGACCUAUUUGCUCUUGGAAUGAUUAUCUAUGAAAUCAGCGUUAAACAUCUGUUAUAUGCUGAUAGACCUAGUAGAGAAAUCCGGAAGUCAUUGCACCAGCAUGAAUUUCCAGAUCUAGACACUGUUACUCCGAACUUGCAGGUAGUAAUCAGAAAAUGUUGGUCAAAUGGAUACCAGACUGCCGAAGAAGUCAUACGUGAUUUAGAGGCUACGCCUUCUCCCUCAUACCCACAUCUAUUUUGCUUUACUGGACUUUUUUUGGGGAUAGUGAUAACCGUAUUUAUUAUAAUUAGGAGGAGGAGCUUUUAA